AGAGAGAACGAGAGAGAGAGAUGAGGGAGGGAGAGGGGAGAGAUACAAUUGUCCGGCUUAGGUAUCAUCACUUUGUAGAAUAUACAAAAUCUUCCAAAAAUGUAGAAACCCUUUAAUAUUUUUAAGCAUUUUCAAAAGAAAUGUUGCAGACAAAAGAUUUAAAAAGAUCUAUCUAUCGAUCAUAUCAGUUUAAUCUUGGACGAUGUCAAGAUCAGGUAAAUAUUAUAUCGAUUUUGUUUUAAUUGGACGCCAUAUUUUUGAUACCAUUGUGAAGCAAGCACCCAACUCACGGAGCCAACUGCACUGGUUGGAAAGAGUUACUGGAAAGGCUCAUACAACGCGCCGCAGUAUGGCCAAUUUUCACAAAUUUAUUACUCCAAAAAUAAGGCCUAUUGAAUCAAACGCCGGGAGUAAUCAUUUAUGCAUCUUAAAUCAUGACAAUGAUAAGCCAGUACUUUUUCUACACCCAUACAAAUUUGGAAAUAAUUUUUUGAAAAGACAAAAGUAUUUUUUCUAAUGUUUGAAAGAAUUUGUAAAGAAUAUCCAAAUAUUCAAGAAUAAAUGGAUCAAAUUUUAAAUUUAGUUUUUACAAAAAAAAAAAAAAAAAAUUAACAAAAAAAAAAUAAAAAUUGUAAGCGAAAA